UUACAGUUUCAAAGCCUCGACUCUUGGCUCUGGACUUUGACCCCUGAAAAUUUAACAAAAGCAAAGGAAUUCCCGUCUCUUCCAGAAUAUACCAUACACAACCUUUCCUCUAUUCUCUUCAAUGGCAAGCAAGCACGGCCGUGAUCAAGCAAUGGAUUUCCAGGGCUUUUUAAAUGACUUGCAGGACUGGGAACUUUCACUUAGGGACAAAGACAAGAAAAAACUAUCUCAGGCUUCUGGUAAAGAGCAAUUGGGUACCAAUGAGAAAGGAAGGCCGGCAGGAAAAAGGUCCCUCGAUGAUUCUUUGUCGACUACCAGUUCGGUGCAAUAUGAUUAUUUGCAGAAUUAUGAUAAAUGGAGCAGUUUAUCAACUAGUUUUGGCACUGAAGAGAACAUGCCUGAUGCUAAUUCUGAAAAGGAACUGGGAAAUGAGUAUUUUAAGCAAAAGAAAUUUAAAGAAGCUAUCGAUUGCUACUCAAGAAGCAUUGCCCUUUCUCCAACAGCUGUGGCUUAUGCAAAUAGGGCUAUGGCCUAUCUUAAGAUUAGAAAAUUUCAAGAGGCUGAGGAUGACUGUACAGAGGCCUUAAAUCUCGAUGAUCGCUAUAUAAAAGCAUACUCGCGUCGAGCAACGGCUAGAAAAGAACUUGGUAAAUUUAAAGAAUCUGUUGAAGAUGCUGAGUUUGGCCUAAGGUUAGAGCCUAAGAAUCAAGAAAUGAAGAAACAGCAUGCGGAGUUUAAAGCAUUAUACGAGAAAGAGGUUCUGCAGAAGGCAUCAGGGGUUAUAAGAAGGUCUAUGCAAGGGGGUCAGGAUGUAGGAAAGUUAGAUACACAAGAAAAUGGGCUUGGGGUGCAACCUGUCUUGGGUAGUACUCAAAGGAAGGGAGUUGCCGCAGUUCAAGAGCAUCAAACUAAGGUUUCCGAAUGUGACCGGCAAAAGAAACCUGAGUCAUCUGUAACUUUGGAGGAAAUAGGGAAAAGAAAUAUUGGGGCUGGAAGCAUAACCGAUGGUACUCAACUAGAUGCUGGUAUUGCUGGUCCAGAGAUCAUUAAGAAAAACACCAAAACUAGAAAGCAAGAGCUGAAGCCUUCGGUGCAAGAGCUUGCUUCUCGAGCAGCUAGUCGAGCCAUGACUGAUGCUGCAAAAAACGUCAGUCCCCCAAAUACUGCAUACCAAUUUGAGGUUUCCUGGAAAGCCCUAUCUGGUGACUCUUCCCUACAGGCUCAUCUUCUGAAGGUUACAUCUCCAACUGCAUUACCACACAUCUUUAAAAACGCAAUGUCUGCUUCCAUGUUAGUUGAUAUUGUUAAAUGUGUUGCCACCUUUUUCAGGGAAGAAAUAGAUUUGGCUAUUAAGUAUCUAGAAAAUUUAACCAAGGUUCCAAGAUUUGACAUGCUUGUAUUGUUUCUUUCGCCUACCGACAAAGCUGAUCUUCUCAAGGUAUGGGAUGAAGUGUUUUGUAGUGAGGCAACUCCCAUACAGUGUGCAGAGAUCCUCGAUAACUUGCGGUCCAUGUACGGCCUCAAGAAAUGAAGGAUAAGGAUACACAUUUGAAGAAAUUCUCAUUGCGGUGAUGUUGGAUCCUUUUUGUCAAUGAUUCUUUUGAAAUGUCGAGAAUCGGUCACUGCAAUUUUCUUUGUAAUGGCUGGCUGUGGGGCUCUGCAAAUUUCAUGAUCUUUCACCUUUCAGUGUUUGCAUUUA